GUCGGCGAGGCUUCUAGGCAGGCUGUGUUCGCCGGCUUCUCCGUGAAUUGUCUCCGCGCCACGUGAGUGGAGAGGGAUCGGCCGGAGAGCGGAGCGUGACGUCAGCAAGAUGCCCAGAAAACAAGACCUGGAGGACGAGGAGGAGGAGAGGGGGAAGGAGUCAGAUAAAGUGGUGAAGAAAGGAAAAAAGGACAAGAAAGGAAAGAAAUCGUUCUUCGAGGAGCUGUCAGCAGACAACAAGCAGGCUCAGGAGGAGGAAGCAGCCAAAGAAAGAGAAAAGGAGCAGCAGCAGCAACAGCAAAAGAAAAAAGAGAAGGAAAAGAAGAAAAAGGAUCGGAGGAAACCGAAAGCAGGGGGAGAUGAUGAUGAAGAAGACAAAGAGAUCUCAGAGAGGUUGAAGAAGCUGUCAGUACAGCCCAGUGAUGAGGAGGAGGAGUCAGACCAUGCUCCUGCUCCCAGAGGAGGUAAAAGUCGGAGUAAAAACAUUUUUGCAGCCCUCGGGGAUAAUGACAGCGAGGAGGAGAAUGAAGAUGAGGAGGAAGAGCGGACGUCUAAAAAGGAUAAAGGCAAAAAAGUGAAGGAAGAAGAGAAAAAACAGAAUAAGAAAGGAAAGCAAACUGAAAAAGCCAAACCGAAGGCCCCUAGUGAAGAUUUGGAAGAAAGCGAAGAGGAGGCAUUGAAAGAAAAACCAAAAAGUAAAGAAGAGGAGAAAAAACAGAAUAAGAAAGGAAAGCAAAAUGCAACAGCCAAACCGAAGCCCCCUAGUAAAGAUUUAGAAGAAAGCGAAGAAGAGGCACCGAAAGAAAAAACAAAAAGCAAAGAAGAGGAGAAAAAACAGAAUAAGAAAGGAAAGCAAAAUGCAACAGCCAAACCGAAGCCCCCUAGUAAAGAUUUAGAAGAAAGCGAAGAAGAGGCACCGAAAGAAAAAACAAAAAGCAAAAAAGCUCCUCCUAAGGCUCCUGAAGUGGUUGUAGAGGAAGAGAAAAAGCCUAAAAAAAACAACAAAAAAACAAAACCGGCACAGAACAGAUUUGGUGCUCUGGAUGAUGAUGAUGACGACGACGAUGUAUGUAGCACCGGCUCACACCGAGAGUCUGGCGAUGAGGAAGGUGAAGGGAAGACACCAGCUGAAGAUCCUUUAGCCAAUUUAAGCAAGAAGGAGAAGAAGAGGAUAAAGAAACAGCUGGAUUAUGAGAAACAGGUGGCAUCAAUGAAAAAGGCAACAGCGGCAGAGAACGACUUCUCCGUCUCACAAGCAGAAUUGUCUUCCCGCCAAGCCAUGCUGGAAAAUGCCUCCGACAUCAAGCUGGAGAAGUUCAGUAUUUCUGCCCAUGGAAAGGAGCUUUUUGUGAAUGCUGACUUGUUUGUAGUUGCUGGUCGGCGCUACGGUUUGGUUGGCCCUAAUGGCAAAGGCAAAACAACUCUUCUAAAACACAUUGCCAACCGUGCCCUAAACAUUCCCCCCAACAUCGAUGUUCUUCUCUGUGAGCAAGAGGUUACUGCUGAUCAAACGCCGGCCGUACAAGCUGUCCUCAAGGCUGACACAAAACGGCUGAAGUUGUUGGAGCAGGAGAAGAAGCUGCAGGCUCGCCUUGAGAAGGGAGAUGACAGUGCAGCAGAGAGGCUGGAGAAGGUCUAUGAAGAGUUACGAGCCACCGGAGCCGCCUCGGCAGAAGCAAAAGCCCGCAGGAUCCUGGCUGGUCUGGGCUUCACUCCAGAGAUGCAGGAUCGAGAGACGCGGAGGUUCAGUGGAGGCUGGAGGAUGAGAGUGUCACUGGCCAGGGCUCUCUUCAUGGAACCAACCCUCCUAAUGUUGGAUGAACCAACCAAUCACUUGGACCUCAAUGCUGUCAUCUGGCUUAACAAUUACCUGCAGAGCUGGAAGAAAACGCUUCUCGUCGUCUCCCACGACCAGGGCUUCCUGGAUGACGUGUGUACGGACAUAAUGCACCUCGAUAUGCAGAAACUGUAUUAUUACCGGGGGAACUACAAUGCAUUCAAGAAGAUGUACGUGCAGAAACAGAAGGAGAUGCUAAAGCAGUAUGAGAAGCAGGAAAAGAAACUGAAGGAGCUGAAGGCAGGAGGGAAAUCUUCCAAGCAAGCUGAGAAGCAGACGAAGGAGGCUCUGACACGGAAGCAGCAGAAGGGUCAGAAGAAAAAAACUGACGACGAAUCCCAUGAUCCAGCCGAGCUGCUGAAGAGACCGAGGGAGUAUACGGUGAAAUUCACCUUCCCAAAUCCUCCUUUACUAAGCCCUCCUAUCCUGGGUCUAUAUGUUGUCGAAUUUGGCUAUUCAGGACAGAAGCUUUUGUUUAAGAACCUGGACUUUGGCAUAGACAUGGAGUCUAGAAUCUGUAUUGUGGGCCCGAAUGGUGUGGGCAAAAGUACUCUGCUGUUACUUCUCACUGGAAAACUUACACCGACAAAAGGAGAAAUGAGGAAGAAUCACAGACUGAAAAUUGGGUUCUUUAAUCAGCAAUAUGCAGAUCAGUUGAACAUGGAGGAGACGGCGACGGAGUAUCUUCAGCGUAACUUCAAUCUGCCCUACCAGGAUGCCCGGAAAUGCCUGGGGAGGUUCGGUUUGGAGAGCCAUGCUCAUACCAUCCAGAUCUGCAAGUUGUCAGGAGGGCAGAAAGCCAGAGUAGUGUUUGCCGAGUUGUGUUGCCGAGAGCCGGAUGUCCUCAUUUUGGAUGAACCCACAAAUAAUUUGGACAUUGAAUCCAUUGAUGCUUUGGCUGAAGCUGUGAAUGAAUAUAAAGGAGCGGUGAUCGUGGUCAGCCAUGAUGCCCGUCUCAUCACGGAGACGAACUGCCAGCUGUGGGUGGUGGAAGACCAGUCUGUGAACCAGAUAGAAGGGGACUUCGAUGACUACAAGCGGGAGGUCCUGGAGAGCCUGGGCGAGGUGAUCAUCGCCAAGACUAAAGAAAAGGAGUGACCGGGACUGAUGAGGAACAAAGUGCCACAAGUUGGGGAAUGAUGGUCCCCCUCCCUUUCCUUACAAUGGAAUCACCUGGAUUGAGAGAACGAUGAGGGAAUCCCUAUGUUUUUAUUUCCAUCCUGCUGCCUUGUUAUUGAGGAAAAUGCAAAUAAAUAUUUAUAUAUUGGC